AUGUGCAGCAGGACCUUCAAUGACAACUCCAACCUCACCAAGCACCGGCGCACCCACACUGGGGAGAAGCCGUACGUCUGUGCUGACUGCAGUGAGAGCUUCACCCACAAGUGGAGCCUCACCCGGCACAUGCAGACCCACACCGGUGGGAAUCCCUUUGCCUGUAGUGAAUGUGGGAAGAGUUUCACCGUGAAACCAGACCUCACCAAGCAUCUACGCACCCACACUGGUGAGAAGCCAUUUGCCUGUGACACCUCAGUCCUCACCCACCAUCGCCGCACCCACACAGGGGAGAAGCCCUUUGCCUGCACUACCUGUGGGAGGAGUUUCACGAGGUACUACGACCUCACCGAGCACCAUCGCAUCCACACUGGGGAGAAGCCCUUUGCCUGCACUACCUGUGGGAGGAGUUUCACGAGGUACUACGACCUCACCGAGCACCAUCGCAUCCACACUGGGGAGAAGCCCUUUGCCUGCACUACCUGUGGGAAGAGUUUCGCGUGGUAUCACGGCCUCAUCGAGCACCAUCGCAUCCACACUGGGGAGAAGCCCUUUGCCUGCACUACCUGUGGGAGGAGUUUCACGAGGUACUACGACCUCACCGAGCACCAUCGCAUCCACACUGGGGAGAAGUCCUACGCCUGUGACAAAUGCAGCAAGAGCUUCACCCACAGAUCCAGCCUCGCUAAGCACCGUCGCACCCACGCUGGCUACGUGUGA